AAUGUCCGCUAUGAGAGAGGCUGCAGCCAGACGGGCCGUGCGUAACGGAUUGGUCGGACAGUGCCAACACGCACCACGUCACCCGUCCGGAAUGCAACCGGCCAUACCAACGAGCGACCUGCCCGCACCAUGCCGAUCGCAUUGGGGAAAUUCACUUUCCUUCAUUUGACCGUCCUCGCGGGCUUUUGCGGCUGCUUCCAUAACGACGCGAACCCCGCGGUCGACCCAAACAUACCGGCCAUCGCCAAAUACUUCACCACGAAAGGGAGGUACGAGGAAGUGAACCCGUAUCUCGUAGAGGACAUUCUCGCUGUGAACGCGUCCAUCCUGCAGCCUCCGUCCGAACAAUGUCGCCAAGUCCACCUGACCGCCAUCGUAAGACACGGCACGAGGUACCCGACGAGCAAAAACAUCCGGAAGAUGCGGCAGCUCUACGAGGUGGUUCGACGCAACGCCUCCGGCGAAGAGAGCUGGCUGCGUGAGAUCCAGACCCAGUGGACCAUGUGGUACACGGAGGACAUGGACGGCCGACUCGUCCAGAAAGGUGUGAGCGACCACAAGCAUCUGGCCGUCCGGCUGUCCAAGCUGUUCCCCUCGCUGCUUUCAGAGGAGAAGCUCAGAGGUGGAUUCAUCAAAUUCAUAACCAGCUCGAAGCACAGGUGUGUCAACAGCACGCUGUCCUUCAUGGCCGGACUGACAGAGCUGUGGGCUAUUAAAGACAAGGAGUUUGACCAUGCGGUGAACGAUGCUCUCAUGAGGUUUUUUGACCAGUGCACCAGGUUUGUGCAAGAAGUUGAUAAAAACCCCUCAGCUCUGUCAGAGGUGGACAAGUUCAAGCAGGGCCCCGAGAUGCGGAGGGUCGCGGAGAAGAUCGCAGACCGGCUCAGGGUCCCAUACAGUGACAUCACAGAUGAUAUGGCCGAAGCCGCAUUUUAUUUGUGUGCUUAUGAGUUUGCCAUCAAGACUGUGAACUCCCCCUGGUGUCGGCUUUUUGACGAAGUUGACGCCCAGGUCCUGGAAUAUGCAAAUGACCUUAAGCAAUUCUGGAAAAGGGCUUAUGGUUACGAUAUCAACAGCAAGUCCAGCUGCAUUCUCUUCCAUGACGCGUUCAGUCGACUGGACAAAGCAGCCAACGAGAGCAGGUCGGGAAAACAGGUGUCCGAGGCUGUGACCGUGCAGGUCGGUCACGCAGAGACUCUCCUGCCGCUGCUCACCCUCCUGGGCCUCUUCAACGACAGCGAUGCCCUGACCUCAACCAACUACGCCACACAGGCCCAACGCCUCUUCCGAACCAGCCACAUGUUACCGUACGCGGCUAACUUGCUCCUGGUGCUGUACGACUGCGGGGGAGGCGAGCUGAGACUGCAACCGCUGCUCAACGAGAAGCCCGUGACCUUCCCCGGUCUGACCAACCAGCCGGCCCCCGUGCCGCUCUAUGAAGACGUCAAGGAGCGCUACAGCGAGCUGCUCCGAGGCUGUGACUUCGAGGCUGAGUGUCAGCUGUUCGAGGGUCCUGCUUAAUUCUGAGCGGGCAGGGUAGAUCCUGGAAAAGAGUGGGGGUUGUGUGUGUUUUAUUUGGGGGGUUUUAUAGCUGAGAAAAGGCAGAUUUGAUGUCUGAAACAGAUCUAAUUUCACAUUCACCUGUGAAAAUUCAGUAUCACUACGACUGUAUUGCAAUAAUUCAUUCCAGAAAUUAAAUAAUUUAUUUUUGCAGUGUAAACAUUUUUGCGUGCUACUUGGUUUGAAAUAGAACAAGCUUGUGUGAUCAGUAUGUAUUAUAAUCUGUUGUCCACUAUAUUACACAUAACUGAUGAAUUGUU